AUGUCAACAACUUUCGGAGCAGUCAUCGAGAAACAAAACAAUUUGUUCGGCCUUAUCUCUCGAGCACUUGCCAAUGCAAAAAAGAAAGGAGAGGAAAAGCUUAAUUCUCAUAAUCUCGACGCUCGCAUCAAGUCUCUCGAUAGUUAUUGGGAACGAUUCCAGGACAAUCACGAUACUCUGGUUGGCGCUCGAACGGAGGAAACACGUAAGCUUCCCUAUUUCGCAGAUGACCUUUACGCGACCUGCGAAGAGGCUUAUUUCAGUUCGCGAGCCGGUAUCUUCAUGCUCCGUGAAUUUCUUUCCACUCAGUUAUCCCAAUCAGGUAGCGCUAAAGCUCAAUCAAGCAUGGGUCGAGCCUUACCGAAGAUCAGCUUGCCUAAAUUUUCUGGCGAAUACCAGGAGUGGCCGCCCUUUCGCGAUCUCUUUAAAUCGAUGGUGAUCUUCAACACCGAGAUAGCUGCGGUAGAGAAGCUACAUUAUUUAAAGUCGCAAGUAACCGGAGAAGCCGCUCGACACAUCGCUAACAUUCCGGUGACCUCAGAGAGUUUUGAACGCGCGUGGAGUGCUCUCACCGACCGAUAUGAAAACAAACGCGUCAUUGCAACGACUAAUCUCGACCGUUUGUUUAACCUCAAGCCAAUUACACAAAAAUCAAGCACGGAGUUAAAAUUAUUGCUCUCCACCACCAGAGAGGUAUUGGGCGCUUUAGAGUCUCUCGGACUACCAACGAAGUCGUGGGAUGUACUCAUCGUUUACUUCGUCACUCGGCGCCUCGACGCGAAGACCCUUGAAGCCUGGGAGCUUGAUCUGGGAACAUCGCAGAAACUCGCAACCUUAGCCCAACUGGAAACCUUUUUGGAAGGAAGGAUUCGAGCCCUCGAGUCCGUUCAAUCCCGCUCUCUUGGCACGACAACCUCAUCGCCGAAGUCGAGCAGCAAAUCCAAACCGUCAGCUCGCUCUCACGCCACUGCCGUCAAUCAAUCUGGCUGUUCCUACUGUGGUGCCUCUCAUUAUAUUGCAUCGUGCUCGGAAUUUUCAGCCAAACCAUUAUUGGAGCGGCAGAAUCUCGUGUCUCAAAAGUCACUCUGCUUUAAUUGUUUAGGCUCACACAAAUUAAGCGAGUGUCGAUCUUUAAAACGAUGUCGAAAAUGCAAGGGUCAGCAUCACACCUUGCUUCAUCGGGACGCAGCAGUGCCCUCCACGACAACAUCCGUCGCAGGUACUUCUACGGACACAGCUUCCACGAGUUCACCGAAGACCACGUCAUCAGCCCCCUUAUCAACGUUAACGGCCUUGUACUCACAUUCUGCUGCCGCUCUUCAAAACCACUCUCGAGUGUUGUUGGCUACCGCCUCUGUCACUCUCAUCAACGAGAAGGGAGAUAGCGUAAAGGCAAGAGCUCUCUUGGAUCAAGGAUCUGAGAUAUCACUUAUCCGGGAGUCACUCGUACAGCUAUUACAGCUUCCGCGCGCACGUUCAUCUGUUUCAAUUAUGGGUGUAGGCGCUCACAAUAUCGGUACCUCAAGGGGCGUCGUGACUGUGAAACUUCGAUCACGCUACGACCCGUCAAUGGAAAUUGCAGUUUCGACGUUCAUAAUUCCAAAGCUCACGGGCCGCAUACCCUCAAGUCCUGUUACGACUUCAUGGAAGCAUCUUAACGACCUGCAGUUGGCUGAUCCGGACUUCGCUACACCAGGUUCAAUAGACAUCAUCCUCGGAGCCGAUAUCUACGGUUCCUUGCUACUCGGCGACAUUAAACGCGACCCGUUUAAUUCACUCGUCGCUCAAAAUACCACAUUGGGCUGGAUCGUGUCAGGGCCGCUUAACUCUUCGUCAUCAUCGUCUCGCACAGUUUCAAUCCUCUCCUGCGGCACUCCUUCCGACCUCGAUCUUCACGAUACGUUACAAAAAUUCUGGGAACAAGAGGAUGUCACAUCGAUCACAUCCUCCUUCAUCACUCCGGAAGAGCAAGCGUGUGAAGAUCAUUUUCGUACCACGCAUUCUCGGGAUGACACCGGUCGAUAUAUUGUUCGGUUGCCCUUCCGAUCAACCUCCACUCAACUCGGCUCUUCUCUAACAGCAGCUCAACGAUCCUUCGCGAGAGUCCGUCAACGCAUUCUCCGUGACGAGGCUUUCGGGAAGCUCUACUCCGAGUUCAUGGAAGAGUAUGCAAAUUUAGGCCAUAUGACACCGAUCUCGUCUUCAUCUCACCACGGCAGCACAUCGGUUUUCCUGCCUCAUCACGGGGUUUUGCGUGAAGCCAGCUCGACUACUAAGUUGCGCGUCGUCUUCAAUGGAUCAGCACGCACCACCUCCGGAAUCUCACUCAAUGACUGCCUACACGCCGGUCCGAAGCUUCAACUCGAUCUCGACGCAGUCAUCUUGCGCUGA